AUGCACGCGCAAGGUCUGCAUGCGGUGGCCACGGUCGGCCUGCUGGUGCUGUGUCUGGCCGGUGGCGGCUGCACUGCCCAACCACAAUCAACCACCGCGCUGGAGCUGGUGCUGGAGCGGAUCGGUGCGGUUCUGGAGCAGGCACUGCCGACCGGUGCCUGCCGGCGGGACGUUAAUCGAACGCUGGAAGCUGCCCGGAACCAAGACGCUUGGGCUGUGACAAUGCUGGACGCCACGGUGAAGUUUCCGGACGCGGUCGAGCUCGGCGCCCGCGAUCAUCUCGGCAGCUACGAUGAGUGCCUUUACGCGGUGCCGGUGAGUGACCGCACGCCGGUGCGCACGCAGCACUGUUUGGCGCGCGUCACGAUGGUUGGGUUCCGCGGGCGGCAAACGAUCGGCCGGAACGAAAGCGCGCAACACGGUGCCGUACGGGUACGUUGGGGUGUGUGUGUACCGGCUGGCUGUACCGAGCGGGAGGUGGGCCAUCUUCUGGCCGGCGUGAGCGGAUACGCGGUGAGCGACGUCUCGUGCCAACGGCGACCGGACCGAACGCUCGGAUACGAUCCGCUGCAGAUCGUCGUUGCCUGCGUGCUGUUCGCGUUCGUGUUGAUGGUGGUGUGUAGCACUGUGUACGGUGCUGGUGGUGGUAGCAGCGGCAAAGGUGAGUGCGCGGGCGAAAAACCAUCCACCGGGCUGGCCGUGCUGCGGGCGUUCUCCGCCGUGGACAAUCUGCGCAAGCUUACCCAGCUGUCGAAGGACGACCACGGGCUGGGCUGCAUCAACGGCAUCAAGGCGCUGUCGAUGGUGUUCAUACUCGGUGGCCAUGCGCUCGUCUUUAUGGCCGGUGGUCCGCUGCUCAAUCCGAGCUUCUUCCGCGAGCAGAGCCGACUGUUGCAGAACGCCUUCCUGCUCAACUCGCCCCUCCUCGUGGACACGUUCCUGCUGCUGAGUGGGUUCCUGUUCGCCCGCCUACUGCUGCUCGAGCUGGACAAGCGGCAGGGUCGGCUCAACUUCGGGCUGCUGUACGUGUUCCGGUACGUUCGGCUCACACCGGCCUACCUAGCGGUGAUCGCACUGUACGCCACCUGGCUGCCACGGCUAGGCGAGGGACCGCUCUGGAAGGAGCGGAUGGCGUUGGAACAGGCCCGGUGUCAGCGGAGCUGGUGGCUUAACGUGCUGUACGUGAACAACUACUUCGGCACCGACAGCGUGUGCAUGUUCCAGUCGUGGUACCUCGCCACCGACACGCAGCUGUUCGUGUUGGCCCCACUGCUGCUCUAUCCGAUGUGGCGCUACGGCCACCGGGUCGCCCUGUUGCUGAUCGGGAGUCUCACCGGUGCGUCGGUAUUGGUGCCAUUCACCGUCACAUACGUCCGACAGCUCGAUCCCACGUUUAUGAUUUUUGCCGACGAGGUGAGUGAUCUGCAGUCGAACGACUACUUCGUUAACGUGUACGGCAAAACGCACCUGCGAGCGACCGCCUACCUGUUCGGGCUGCUGGUUGGCUAUCUGGUGCACUGGAUGCAGAUGAAGAGUGUGCGCAUCGGACGUCGAACGCUGGCUCUGUGCUGGUUCGUGUCGACCGUGUGCGGAUGUUGCGCCAUGUUUUCGCUGACCGCGUUCUACACCGACCUCGGCACCGGCAACUACCUCUACAAUGCGCUGUACGCCGGGCUGCACCGGUUCGGCUGGAGCCUGUCGAACGGGUGGCUCGUGCUGGCCUGCGUUACCGGUCACGGCCGGACCCUGAAGCGGUUCCUGUCCUGGCGUGCGUUCGUCCCGCUCAGCCGGCUGACGUACUGUGCGUACCUGACGAACGGGGUGGUCGAGCUGUACCUUGCCGCAUCUCGCCGCACACCGCUCUACGCGAGCAUCGCGACACUGACCGCCGAAUCCAUCUCGCACAUGGUGCUAACGUUUCUGCUAGCGUUGCUGCUCUGCCUAAUGUUCGAGUCGCCCAUCCACGGGCUGGAGAAGCUGCUGCUCAGCCGGUUCCGACCGACACACCCGGGCACCAUCGCUAGAGAGCCGGAAACGAACAGCAUCAGCACGAACAACACACAGAGCACCUCGGAGGAGGCGUAG